AAAUGAAAGUCCACCUGACAGCAUUGUUUGUUUGUUAUUUUCGCUGCUCGUCGGCGAGAGCAUCGUUUGCUAGUUAAACGCGCAGUCGUAAUUCGUUCGGUUCGGUGUUUGUGCGCGUCGUGAGUGUAAAUAGUGUAUUGUGUAGUAAAUAGUGAAAUUUUAUUGUUAUUUGUACAAAAUGUGUCCUGAAUAUUGUAAAAAUAAGUGCCGGGAAAUUUUGCCUAUAAGCGAACAAAUACAGCUCCAAAAAUGAUUGCUUAUCAUCAUGCGUAAGCAAGCGUACAGUAGCGAAGCUCAAGCCAACAGUGGAGCAAAAAUUUCCGACACAAUAUGCGCGCAGCAUAAAAAAGUGCUAACAGCAAGCAUAAAAACUACAUUAAAUUCAAUAAUUGUAGACAAACUUUGCGAAUAAUUCAAUUCGUGGGCGCCCGAAAUUAUGCAUUAACGGUACUUAAGCGGUUCCGAGUGUUUAAAAACGUUUUAGCACCAAAAACGCACAGACAACACAACUUAAUGUCUCAGUUGUAAUUAAGUUCGCAACAAAUGCAAGCUAAAAUGUUGUUGUUGCGGCAGCAGUUGUGUGCCAAAUAGUAAAAAAAGAAAAUUAUGUGCAGCUCAACAAAUUGAAGUUGUAAAAAUAAAGUGUCUACGUGGCGGCAGCGCGAGUGUUUCAAAGUUUGCCACAUUAAAAGCAGCAACAACAUGCUUGCAUUGGCGGCAAUGCAGAAGAUUAUUAAAACAUAAUUUAAGGGCGAAAGUUGCGGGAUAACGCAAAAGGUAGCGGAGAUAUUCGAGAAAGAAGUGUAAACGCCCCAAAGUAGGCAACACAAAUAAUAUUUUAAGUGCGCUGGUAAAUAGCGCAAAAGCGAAAGCAAAGUAAACAUCACAAGUAUAUGUGAGUGGGUAGACGUUUAUACUUGCAUGUGUAUGUGUGACAUGCCCUCGGAAUUACACGUGCAAACAAAGUGUAUUCACUGAAAAAAAAAAAAAAUUUAGAAAAAACAGUUUUUGAAAAGUGGAAACUGCAAACGCGUUAGAAAAGUGCUGCCUCUGCCGCAUAUAAACACAUAUACAAGCAGAGAGUGCAAAAUAUCAUAUUUGUAUAAGUGUGUGUUUGUGCGUGUGUGUGUAAAACUUACGUCAAACAAGGCAAGUGUGUCGUAAAUUGGUAAAGUUUAAAUGAAUUUGUUGUUACGAGCCCACAAAAAUAACACAAAAACAAACAAAGCACACACACACACACAAAAUCAAGCAAGCAAAGUCCUCCAUUUCAUUACUUUGCUUUAUUUCCAUUCCUCUGCCAUUCGGUAGGCUUUUACACUUGACAAAGCAAAAUUCGUCGCGAAUGCGGAAAAGUUUUCGUAAAGUGCCGUUGUGCGUGUAAAGUUUGUUGUGUCGUUCGUUGGUUGACGCGCGUCGCGCCUCAUCGUCGGUAUAAAUUGCUCGUGUGCAAAAAAGUGAACGUACUCGCAAGCGCUUGUUUCAUCCAUAAUUGCGUGUGUAUGUGUGUAGUUGUGUAGGUGCGUGUGUGUUAAGCACAUGUGUCGACUGUCAAAGACCUACUAACCAACUUGUGAGCAAAGCGGAAGCAGCAAAGUUUGUGCCCCAAAAGUGUGCACAACAACAACAGCUAGCAAAGCUGUUGAAUAUAUCGUUUUUUAUGAGCUGUAAACAAAUGAUAAAAAAAUGUAUGACCAAGGUAUUUCUUGGAAGAUUGAUACCGUCUUACAGUUCGUAUAAUAAAACCUUCAUACAGUCUGAGAGCAUAGUAAAACAACAUUGCCUCUUGCAGCUAACAAAGAGCGGAAUAGCUCAUAAAGUGAGCACCGAGUGCAUGUGAACGUGUGGAACGUGAUCGAUGACGGCAUACUCAUUUAAGUUGCCGCUUUGUAUGCUGCUGCUUACCACACUACUAAACACGACAGCAACAACCAGUAAAGAAACUCAACUAAAGAGAGACUACAGAAUAACAAGACGAUUUAUAGAAAUCGGUAGCGAACAAGCAUAUAUCGUAGAGCCAAGGCAACAAGAGCCAAUAUUAAUUGCGAAAGAGCGAUGGAACGUUAAAAGUGGUGCGGAGAAAAAUAUAAAAGAAAAAGGAAGUCGAGAUGAGUUAUAUCAGAAUAAGGAAAAGGCGGCGAAAAAAGUUUGGAGAAUAGAUCAAGUGCACAGAGAAAAUAAGGAGUAUAUAUCGGCUGAAAAAGAGAGUGAUGUGCAGUUUAGCAGAGUCACAAACCAAAGUGAUGUGAGAAAAGCAACACAAAACCAUGUGAAUGCGAAAACCAUUACUCUGCCUACAUUUUCCAAACAAAUUAUCACAGCUAGCACUCACAGCAACUCAAAACUCGACGGCAAAGCACUUACAUCUUCUCUUACCCUGCAGACACUCAACUCACCCAUAAACCAUAUCAGAGCUGCAUUAAGUCCACAAUGGGUGGCACCACGCGUUAAGAGGCAACAAGCUGCGCCUUCACACAAAACGCAGCAGAACGGUCUUCAAGGCGGCCUCGCCUCGUAUUCCAGCGCCAGUAACACAGCAGUGCACUAUAAUCCAUUGCCCGCUGUGCCCUUGCCACCACCGCCACCUUUUCCGGGUAAUUUCGCAAUUUCACCAUUUAGUGGUGGCGGCAAGCAAACAACAAGCGGUCACAACAUUUUGAAUGCCUUCGCAUUUGCCGGUAUCGGCAGUUCGUCCUCGGCUGUCUCACAUCAUCCGCGUAGUAAUUCGCUUUGUGGUGGCAUCCUCAAGUCGCGCUACGGCAACAUACAGACACCGAAUUUUCCGCACAAAUUCGCAACACCCAUCGAGUGUGUGUGGGUAAUUGAUGCCUCUGAGCUGCCAAUUACCACUUCUACAUCUGCAUCGGCUGGCGCGAGCGGCAGUGGUGGCAGCACCAACAUCUCAAUUAUCGUUUACCUAACGCAAUUGUAUGUUUUGGGCGGCCUCAAGUUCACCGAGUACAUGUACUAUUCGGAUGAUUAUAAGGUGCCGGCACAUCGUGUGUUCACACUCACUGAGGAUGACGUCACGCAGGUGGCAUGGGUGCAAUUUAGCAGCCAGUAUCUUGAGAUACGUUUCACGAUGCCAUCGUUGGAUGGCACACAUUUACGCGCCUUAGAUCGCCUGCUGGAUGUCUAUGGCUUCAAUAUUACCUACGAGGUGCAGCAGGAGGUGAAAGCCUAUCAGUGCAAUACGUUGCAGUGUCGAUUUCUCGGCCAUUGCUAUGCGAAGGCGGAUUACAGCUCCUACUAUUGUUCCUGCUUCCCCGGUUUCAGUGGCACAGAUUGCGGCCGUGGUCCAUUGUGCGAGGAUCCACAUACGAAUGUAUGUCAAAAUGGCGGCACAUGCAAACACAUUGGCGAUGCGGCCAUUACGUGCCACUGUCCGAGCGGCUUUAAGGGCACCAAAUGCGAAAUACCGGAAAUAAAUGAAAUGACAUUGGGUUGUACUUCCAAUUCCACAUCGAGUGACUGUCAUAAAGAAUGUGAUUUUGAACGCGCCGGUGAAGGCAUCACACUGCGAAAGGCUAGUAAAAUUAGUGCACGCAACGGUAAAACCCGUUAUGAAGUGACAAUACGCUUGGGCGCCAAUUUAACUGCCUUUUAUCGUAACAUGGAUCCCGAAAGGCGCCCAAGCGAUCAUCUACCGAGUUUGCUGGAAAGACAUCUCAUGCGCGUUUUACGCAAUUUCAAUAUCACAAAAAUCAGCGAUUUAGAAUUAAUCUCGAAUAGCACCGAUCGUUUAGACAUCACAUUUCACUUCUUUGGCGUGAAGGGCGAUUCGAAUCGCAUACGUGAAGCUAUCACGCGUAUGGUGGAACGUGGGCGUAUUGGAAAUAUUACGCUUGUUUCCAAUUACCAUUUAUUUGAUGAGAACCCACCGCUGAAUUUAUUGGAACUGACAAUUAAUCAAAAAUCAGCGAUUCGUGAAGACAGUGAAUUUAUAAUUUCAUGCACCGCCCAAGGAUCAUCGCGCAUGCAAUUCCAAUGGUACAAGGAUGGAGCGCGUGUUAACACAUCCAAGGCUAUAAGAGAAAUCUGGACCACCGUCUUACCACCGGAAACAAAAGACACCUUUACUGCCAUUUUGGGUAUCACCAAAGCCAGCCGCAUGGACGAAGGCAUUUACACGUGCAAGGUCACCGAUUGGGGCAUCGAACAGUGUCGCUCACUACAUGUGCAUAUCAAAACGCCGCCACGCCUACGCGUCGAUCCCGCCAGUGUGACAUUGCAACGCGGAGAUGCGCUGCGUGUGCGUUGCCUCUCCCCCGGCAAUGACGACAUUAAGCGCUACGCACAACUCGGUUACAGCUGGACACGUAACGGUGUGCUCUUUCAAUCGAAUCCCGCCACAGUGAUGUGGGAAGAUCUUUAUCCCGAUGGAAGCAUACUGAAAAUUAACAACAUACAGAAAUCCGCCGAGUACACAUGCAUUGUCUCCAACACUGUACGGCCGGUAUCGAAGAGCGUCUACAUUACAGUUAUCGACCGCAAUGCGGUACGUGUGUGCCACAGUGACACGCUGUACGGUGUCCGUUGGCCGACAAGUGCACCAGGCGCCGCCAUUGUUGCUGACUGUCCGCGCGGAUUCGAGGGCCACUCGCGGCGCAUUUGUGAAAGCCGCGAUACGGGAAAUUCGACAUGGCUGUUACCCGAUUUUUCGCUUUGCGUACAUGAUCAACUUUUGCUGAUUUACAAUAAGUUUCGUGCACUAAGCGCCGGCUACCAGCAGACCAACUCAUCGGCUAUACUGAAGGCCUGCUUCGCAUAUACGGCCAAGCGGCAUAAGCGGUUUCUACCCGGCGAGGCGGGCUUUCUCAUCGAUAUGCUGCAUGAGGUCGAUACGUAUCUGCAACUAAAGGGCACACAGCUGGAACGUGAGAUGGCAGCCGAAAUAAUUUUGCACAUUCUCGACAAAGUCAUGCAAAAUACACAAUCACUUAAUAGCCAACAGCAAAUUAAAAAAUUGCAACUCUUAACACAAUCCGCAGCGUUGAACCGUGAAACAAUUGCAGCAUCUCAAUUAGCAACAUCAACAUCAUCCACGUCAGCAGCAGCUGCGGCAGCGGCAGCAGCAGCAACAGCCGACAAUAGUGCCAUAUCAUCAGUAUCCGCAGCCGGCGCUUCAGCUUCAGCGACAACAACACAAACAGAAAUUACUUCAGGCGCGGCAACAGCUGGUGGUAAUGCCAUGUCACCGGCACGCUCCUCCGCCACCGCAGCGAAUUCGGCGCUGGCAACACUACUGCGCAACGAUGCCGCCACUGUUGGUGGUGGCGGUGGUAGUGGCAGUGGCAAUGGCAAUGCUGUUGCUGGCAGCAGCAUUCUCACGGUCGAUGAGGAUUCACUGUCGUUGGAUCGUCUAAACUCGCUGCGCAUCUAUAUGACUUCGGUGAAAACGUUGCCGUUUAAUUUGAGGAUCUACGGCGAUGAUUUGUUCGCGGAUCAACUUUACAUGGACAUCGGACUCUCCAAUCGGCUGCUCAACAUAAUGGCCAACUCGACGAUAUUCGCAUCGGUUAUCUCGUAUAAAAAUUUAAAAAGUUUUCUACCAAAAACUUACUACACACGCGGCAGUGACCCCAAAGGGUCCGAUUACAUUCUGGCUUCACGCAUACUACAAACAUGGCUCUUCCAAUCGAACCGCUCCAACGAUAAUUUACGAGAACCAUUCGAUUUACCAUUCGAAGCCGGCCAUGUGGAGAUCAUAUUUCAGCACGAAGUUGCACCAAAGGAUGGCGAUUGGGUGGCCGUGUGUGGACAUGACUACAAAGCUUCCUUUGAGUCAACUUGGCGCUCGGAUUUAUGUAUCACCAAGCAUCUGAUGACAAAUAUAACGCGCUGUAUAUGUCCAUUGUCCGGCACAUACGUAGUCAUGCUUACGAAACGUAAUAACAAUUCACAACCCGUUUCGCCCACACAACGCCCACUCUUCGUGAUUAUCAGCUGCGCUUGUGGUUUAUUGCAGUCCUGUUCGGCUUUUCUCAUACUUCUGCCAAUUUGGUUUAACCGCAAGUGCGCGAUAACAUUUCUCAAAAUGCAAUUUUGUGUCUCCACAUCGAGCAUAAUGAUAAUUUUCCUGCUGGGAUUCUUAAAAAUGUUGCCAGAGAAUUGGCAGGCGGUUGUCAACUCAUCGCUCGCCUCACUGCUGCUGCUCGGCGUCUCGACCACCAUUGCGAUUGCGUUGGUUGUAAAUUCCGAGUUGGUGCCGAAAAAAAUGUUGCAUAUCAAUAAAAUGUCUACGGCAACAGCCGCAAGUGCACGCGCAACGACAAUAAAAAAGGAACAACAACAACAAAUUCAUCAUAAACAACAACACGACUUGAAUAUGCGACAUAACUCUACAAGUGGCAAUGACAAUGGCAAUGGCGCGCCUAUGACCGACGCCUCUCCCGCAACCACCAUCGACGCGCAUAGCUUGAGCGCCACCACAAACAUUACGCAAAUCAGCAAUAGCAACAACAGCAGUGUGGGCGUAGGCGUCGGCGCCAGCUUCGCCCUUAUAGGCAGCAAUGACAAUAGCAUAACCAGCGACGGCAGUGCCACCGCCACCAGUCGACGUGUGGGCAGUGUUUCGGGCGCGGCAGCAGCACGCUCUGCGGCGCUGGUACAAGAGCUCUAUUUUCCGGUUAGUGUACGCGCCGUCAUCGGUAUUAGUUGGCUGCCGCCGCUGCUCUAUGCCAUCGCAGUGCCGCUGAUAUGCAGCAUUAUUGGCAAAUGGCCACGCAAUUGGUGGCUUGAAGUGAUGAGCAAUACAACUGCGAGUACGACAACAACAACAACAAGCACAGCAACGUCCGGCGCUAUGUUUGGUAUGCCACAUGGUUUGUCGCAUACAUUCGGUGGCGGAUAUAGUGACGGAAGUGAUUACUUAGUGGCGAAUAUGGCGCCCUCACCGUCACCCGCAUCGUCGUUAAGUUUGAAGGUUGAACCAAGUCACGCAGCCAACCAAAGCAAUGAUGUGUAUGGCGUGUUGGCGAGUACAAUAAGCGACAGCAUCUUAGAGGCGGCAUCAGUCACAGCUGCUGAGAUUACAACCGCUGCCAACGGUAUAUUAACAACAGCUAGCGCUGUUACUGCCACUAUCACGAAUAGCGCCAACAACAAUAACGUCACCACUGCUGCGUCCUCCGCAAGCGCCUCUACAUCGACGACCUUCUCCAUUGCCGGCUGGCAUAACAACUUCCAACCGGCAGCUAUCUCCGCUUCCGCCACCGCUGCUGCCUAUCACGGUGACUUCGCGGCGUACACCGACUCAGACUACGUUGAACUGGAGUCACAGCUUACGGGCGACGGUAGUAACGUGCCAUCACUCAGUUUCAUUAUAUUUCUUUGCGUCGAUUUACUUUUCGUUUUGCUCUUUUUUGCGCUCUUCGUCAUUUUAAUCAAGAAACUUUUAUGGCUGUGGCAUAAAAAUCGAAAUAUUCACGCGCAUCCGCAGGAUAAGUUCAAUGUGGCCAUGCGUAGACGCAUUGGCCUAAUUUACCGCACCGGUUGUUUGCUGUUAAUGAAAUUAUCAACGGAUGCAUUAUUCAUAGCAUAUGUAAAUUCAACACAAAAUUCAUGGUGGUCCUAUCCGUUUGGCAUAUCUUGUAUAUUGUUGGGUUUCUCUAUCCUUUAUUGCUUUGUUAUAAAAGCGGAGAGCAGUUUACGCGCGCCGCCAAGCAGCAGCGGCACGUUAAAGAAGAAGCUCAGCUCGAGUAAGACUAGUUUGGAUGACAACUAUUGUACGGGCACCAUAAAUAGUCCGCUCAGUUUUUACGCGAGCCAUGAAAAGGAGAAGGAGAAUGAAAGCGGCGCGCCGGUAACAACACUACUAGCAGCGCCCCCACCACCACCGCAACAGCUUGAAAUCUCCAGUGGCGUGCAACUGCCACUCACAAUUAUACCCACCGCGCAACAGCGUUGCCCACUGCUGCCCACAGCCUCCGCGUCUACAGUGAGCAGCAGCGUCAAAACGUUCCUGAAUGCAGCCAGUCUGGAGCGCAAGCUGCCGCCACAUGUCAGCUGCCUGCAAGAGACGGCCGCCGCGGCGAUGACCUCGCCAGCAACGAGAUGCUGCAACAUACUAGGCGGCAGCAGUAGCAGCAAUGCGGCUGCCACAGUAACAUCGACCGGUGUAGUGGGCGGUGGCGUUGUGGUCACCACCGGCGGCAUGGGCUAUUAUGACGCCUACGGUGCGGGCAUACAACUCGGCGGCAUGACGGGCAGUUUGAACAGGCGACAACUGCACGUCGCAGCAGCAGCUACGGAAUUUGUCGGUCUGGAGACUUUGGAUAUACUGCAGGGCGUGGCGCCACCAGACACAAUUAUUGGCAUAUGUGGCAGCGCGCUCCCCGCAGGAAUGUCAUACCAUCAACUGCAGCAGCAUCACAGCCUGCCGCGCCACCACACCACAGCACUGCAGCAACACCUCACAGCAAACGCAACUGGUCAGCAACAUGUUGCGCAACAUCACAAGCCCUACAUGGACGCCACAAUGUUGCCACCGCCAACAAUCGUAUCGAUAAGCAGCGGUCUGCCGCUACCCACUACCAUGAAUUAUGCGAAAAGCAGCGGUGAGUCAGCCAACUCACCACAACAACAACCACAAGCGCCACCAACCACACUAACCAGCAUCAUCAGUACAACAACGGCAACAACGCAAACACCAAAAGCGCAAAAGCGGGUCACCAUUAUGGAACCCACAACGCACACUUUCGAUCCACUGCUGCCCACAAUGGUGGCCGUUUCCGGUGUGGCAACGCCUGCGGCACAUCAUCGCCUGGUGACAGCAACACCAACGCCCAUUAUAACAAUUACCAGCAACACAACGGCGGCGACAGGCGAUUGCGUGGCCAGCGCAGGCAACAUAAGUGGAAGCGAUUCGACGCAGAGCGCUGGUGUCGACGCAGCAGCAACAGCAGCGGAAAGCAGCUCGUCACCCGAAGAUGAGAACUCGAUGACCGGCAUGUUGGAUCGCAUAACGCAUGAUCUGGAUUAUCUGCUGAAUCGCACGAAUGAUGCGCCACCAGAGUCGCCGUUGGGAGAUGCUGAAGUGUUGGCGGUGGGCACGGCAGCCACGUCAGUGGCGACGAGCGCCACCACAGCAGUAGCUUCCACGCUGACCAUCAGCCAGGAUACUGUGGAGCAGUUGUAAGGAAGCUAAGAUAUGUGGGUAGAUAAACUGAAAGAUUUUUAGAACUACUUUUGGAUUAUUUAGUGAAGUAAAUACUAUUUUUAAGUGUGUUUAGUUGUCACUAAGCAUUUUGUUCCUGUCACUUUUUUGACUAUUUACUGUACAGUAGCUCUUAAUGCUUAGUAAUGUAAUCUGAAAGAUAUUAUGUAAGCAUUAAUAUUAAUGGUUGUCUUUGUAAAUAAAAAAAAAACUAUUUAGAAUCUUAAGAUUUACAACUUUUUUAUAUAGCUAUCCAAAUACUAAAUAAAAAUGGCUCUAAAGAGAGCUUUCGAAUUUAUUGCAUAAAAAAAUAGGCAAAUGGUAUAAUUUUAGAUUAGUUGAUGUGUAUAUUAUAAAAAAUAGUUAAAAAGUUAUUGAAGUAAGUAAUCUAUAUAAUUAUAGUUAUUUAAAAAAAUUAAAAUUUUUUCGAAGCAUUUACGCAACUUUUCAAGGCAGCUACAACUACAAAUUAUAUCAAAUUAAAUUUAAUUUGAUUAUAUUUUGCUCUCAAAUUUUCGAGUUGAAAUCUGUUAAAUUAUGUCGAAUGGGGACUAUUUUGUAGGCGACUACAUUAAUGUAUGCGAAUGUAUACAAAUUUUUUUCAAAAACGAAAAUUAUCGUUAUUUUUCGAUUAUACAUACGUAUGCUGUUACUAAACAAUAGUCGGGUGGGUCGAAACUCGGAGGAAAGGUUGAAGAGGAAUUUUUUGUGAAUAGCUCUACCUCAAGCAUAGCUGUAGACUACCAGAUUACUGUAACGAUUUUCAAGCAGAGGUGGCUGCCACUAGUGUAGUGAUAAAUAUAUUGUUCCGAAGUACUGCCUCUUUCAGGGCGGUGAGGAUUCUCUCCGACAGCUGAGAGGCAAUACUAGCUUUGAGCUCGCUCACGGUUUGCUCAGAGUUAGUUAAGAAGUGGGUGACCUCACUAUCGAUAGCAUCAAGCUACUUUAUUAUCAGACUUGGCUGGAUACCUGGUCACACCGAGAGCGCUGGAAACUGCAGAGCCGAGAAAGGGUACCCUGUUCCUGAUAACAUCGGAUUGUGAACAAGUUCUUCUUGCUGUUCAACAACAAGAGCUUCUGUUCGACUGCGAAAUACUUUUGGCCUAGUGCGGAACACAGGAGAUCCACUGAAGUCGUUGCUAACAGUAAGGUAAGGCUAAAAAUUUUAUCGGACACUAACUGUCAAAGUAUUUAGUAUUGAACUAGGUGAGGUAGAAACAACUAGGCACUCUCUUUUGUCCAUAUUUUGCAAGACUGAGGUUCAGCUGUCAAAUUUUUCGGUGAACCCGAAAGAGCCUAAAUUGAUUUUGUCCACCUCAACAAAUGUGUAGCAGGCACAAAUUGCCACUGUGUCGAUUUUUGAGAGUAUUUUCGAUUAAUACUUAGUAGUAUUUAUAUAUGUCAAUGGACCGACGGCCUUUUAACCUAACCUAAACAAUAGUCGUAUGGAACCCGUAUAGUACCUGCAAACAGGUAUUCUGAUGACACGUCUACUGAUCAAGACUCGCCACUUAGAGUUGUAAGUCUAACCUAUAUCUUAAAUUAUCCAGUUAGAUGCAUGAUUCAAGACCACGCUCUCAAACUUUCGAGUUGAAAUCUGUUAAAUUACGAAAGUUAUCGGCUGUUUGGUGGAGCGAUGUCAAGCGCGCUGGCCCGCCAUGUCCUGACACAAACGCGUUUUCCUCAAAACCACGUUUUUGGAGUUUGUGGAAGUCUGACAUGGCGCGAAAAUGGUGCAAUCGCACUGAAAUUUCUUACACAUGUUCAUCAGAAGUUUGUGCAUCCGUGGUACUGGAAUUUGCCGAAAAUAUUGAAAAUUAUUCAUUUAAAAAAAUAAUUAAUAACAAAAAAGGGGCCAAAAAUUGAUUUUUUCUCUUUCUAAUAGCCGUGCAUCCUCUUGCUUAAAAUGAAUGAAAUCAGAGCAAUAUUUCCACUUGUUCAAUAUCAAGUUUCACCAACACCUGAAGGUAUUUGCCCGGCUUUGAUCCUUGCAAUUUUAGUCGAUUUUGGCUCAUUUGUCUCAGAGAAAUCACUUACGCAAAUAUGAAAAAUGUAGUUUCGAGAAAAUGUCUUUCGAGAUAAACUGAUGGAGCUGAUUGAACUUAAGGCGGUUACUUAAAAAAUAUUUGAGGCAGCUAUUUAAAAUUUUAGUAUGUUAUUUUUAAAGGUAUAGCCUUUAGUUAAAGAUAGUUCUUCUUUAAAUUUAACACUAGGUGUGGCGCACUAAAUCGGAGCAAACGGCUAAUGACUUACGAGUAUUUUAAAUGGUUAUCUGCUAAAUCAAAUUAGCUAUUUAGUUGUAAUGAAUUUGCAAAUUUUAAUUCAAUAAUUUAAUUUGAUUUCAUAUUGCUUCAGGUUAUAGAUUUUCAAAAAGUUUGUUUAAAAAACUGUAUAUUAUAAACUAAAUGUAUAUGAUGUAUUUUUCAAAUGAAAUUGUGUACUCACAAUCAAAAACACAAAAUCAAACAGGCCAACUAUUGCCGGCGAGAAAUUUAUAAGAGCAAAAGUCAUAAAAAUAUGUGAUAAAAUUGAUAGAAAAAAGUGUAAAAUCUGCUUAAAUUAAAUAAUCAAAUAAUAAGUGACACUUAGGAAUUACAUAUACACUUACAUUAAUAUAACAAAAAAAA